UCCCGCGCGGCGCCGCUCCGACCGGCCCCGGAGCAGCCGCCGCCACCGCCGAUCCUAGUAUCCCUGCCUUCUCUCUGACCGCUGCCCAUUCCGUGCAGCAGCCAUCGGUCCUCCCGCUUUCCUGCGGGGGCCGUCGGCGUCCGUCUGAACGCGUUCCACGCGUCCCAGUGCAGCCGGCGCCCGUCGGUGCCGCGCUCAAACUUCCCGAGUCGGAGGGCGCGGGCGGUGGCAGCGGGGCCCGGAUGGGAGCCCGGGUCGGCGGCGGCGGCGCCCAUGGACGCUAACCGGCCGGGCGCGUUUGUGCUGAGCAGCGCGCCGCUGGCCGCGCUGCACAACAUGGCUGAGAUGAAGACGUCGCUGUUCCCCUAUGCGCUGCAGGGCCCGGCCGGCUUCAAGGCGCCCGCCCUAGGCAGCCUUGGCGCGCAGUUGCCUCUAGGCACUCCGCACGGCAUCAGCGACAUCCUGGGACGGCCGGUGGGCGCAGCGGGUGGCGGCCUCCUGGGAGGCCUGCCCCGCCUCAACGGGCUCGCCUCGUCUGCAGGUGUCUACUUCGGGCCCGCGGCAGCAGUGGCACGGGGCUACCCCAAACCGCUGGCGGAAUUGCCUGGGCGCCCGCCCAUCUUCUGGCCGGGAGUGGUGCAGGGCUCUCCCUGGAGGGACCCGCGCCUGGCCGGCUCGGCCCAAGCCGGCGGGAUCCUGGACAAGGAUGGCAAGAAGAAACACUCGCGGCCGACUUUCUCGGGCCAGCAGAUCUUCGCGCUGGAGAAGACUUUCGAGCAGACCAAGUACCUGGCAGGCCCAGAGCGCGCGCGGCUUGCCUACUCUCUGGGAAUGACCGAGAGCCAGGUGAAGGUGUGGUUCCAGAAUCGGCGGACCAAGUGGCGCAAGCGGCACGCGGCAGAGAUGGCGUCGGCUAAAAAGAAGCAGGACUCGGAUGCCGAGAAGCUGAAGGUGGGUGGCUCAGACGUGGAGGACGAUGACGAGUACAACCGGCCCCUGGACCCCAACUCCGACGACGAGAAGAUCACGCGGCUUCUCAAAAAGCACAAACCCUCGAACUUGGCGCUGGUUAGCCCGUGCGGCGGCAGCGCGGGGGACGCCUUGUGAGGACGAGGCCAGGCCAGAGAACCCAGGAACCGGGGUGCGCGGCAUGCCCCGACGCCAGCCGCCCAGCCGCAGUGUGUAUAUAUAUUUUUACAGAAUAAGUUAUAAAGCGGACAUUGGCGCGGCCUCGGCGUGAGGCGCGGAGCGCGGGGUUUGGGCCGUUCACUUUGUAUAAUCAAUAAAUUAUUUAACACGUC